AGCGAUUGGAGAGCAUGGACGCGGUUCCAGCGGAAUCAGAGAAGCUAGAAGGUAUUGACUGGCAGGCUUUACGAGACGUGAGUGCAAAGCCUGGAGGCCUGGGUAAGGAGAGAGAAACACUGUGGCCGAGGCUGUUACAUGUCAAUCCGAAUGUCAUUUCGCAUACGAAACCAGAGGGCGUUGAACCUCCCGAGUCACACCGAGACGAGCGACAGAUCAAGCUUGACACAGAGCGCAGCUUUGUUCUAUAUCCCGUAGGGGACCCGGGACUUGAUAAUCGGGAAACAUUGCAGGGAGAGCUACACGAGUUACUGGUGUCCAUCUUCAGGAAGCGGCGAAAACUGAACUAUUUCCAGGGUUACCACGAUAUCAUUACAGUUCUCUUCCUUACUCUCCCGAAGGAAGUGCAGUUUGUUUCAGCCGAGAAAUUUAGUCUACACCGGUUACGAGACUCGAUGGGAUCAAGUCUCGAACCCGUCCUCGGGCAACUCAGAAUAUUGCAGAAGCUCAUGCGUCUUGCAGAUCCUCAAUAUGCCGCGGUACUUGAUGCCAACGCCCCAUUGCCAUACUACGCCCUUUCUAACCUCCUCACUCUGUUCGCCCACGACGUCCCGACCUUGCUCCUAAUUCAGCACAUUUUCGACUAUCUACUGACACGACCUCCAAUAGCCUCUGUUUACUUGGCUGCCGCAAUCCUUCUAUCCCGCAAAGAAGAAGUUUUGUGGCUAGAGCAGGAGGGUGAAGAAGGAAUGAUGCAUUCAUUGCUCAGCAGCCUUCCUGAGAUAUACGAGGAGGGCGAUGGGGAAGCUCCCGAGCCAUGCGAAGAGCUCAACAUAAAAGAAGAGGAGGGAGAGUCGUUACUAGAAGAAACUCGAUCCAUAACAGCUUCCGAAGUCGAAGAUACGGCCAAAGCUCAAUCGGAGAAGGGGGCCGAGUCUUGGGAACGGGAACCUGAAAGUCCUCCGGAAAGACCAAGCCAUACUUAUGAAGAGCCUUCCGAAGCAGACGAGACUCUUCAAGCCAUUAGCGAAACGUCCGAAGCUGACUUCUCCCGCGAAGAGACACUGGUAGCCAGCUCUCCUGCUCCCGGGGACUCGAAAGAGAUUGACCCUAGCCUUCCGAAAGGCGACUCAGGCGUAGAAGUCAGUACUUGUUCUGCACCUCCAGGUGACCGUGAAGAAACACUUGUUCAGUUGUCGGAAGAAGAGAACCUGAAUGAGAAGGAAGUUCCGGAAAGCAGGCCCUCCUCUCCCGCUUCGUCUGUCCAGAGAGUGCGACGAGCGAGGGUAUCGUUGACAUCGCUGCUGAACCGCGCAGAUGAUCUAUUCUCGUUGUAUCCCCCUACGCACCCCGACCUAGCCGUGAGCAAGACCAUGGGCCCCCAAAGCGUCAUCUUCACCUGGUCGGAAAACCCUUCCGAUCUACCCGAUGACGACGAAGCCGAGGCCAUGGUUCUACACCCUGAGCUCGUCGUCCUCCCUGUCGUCGAGUCAGACGCCGAAGAUGAGGAGGAGGAAGAGGGGCACGAGAAGAAGGAGCGCCGGCGUAGGCGGAAGCUGAAGAAGCCACGACGAUUCGGCGGGGUCGUUGUGGAGAGGAGGGUUAUGGUCGCCGGGGCGGUCUUGGUGCUGGGCGUGGCUAUGGCUGUUUAUGGGAUCCGUGCAGCGCCUGAGGAACCCAUGAGCAGACACCAUUGGAAGAAAUUGGGCAGGUGGGUAGGUGGAGUCUUGGUAGGCGCCAGCGGCCGGAUAUUGGACGGUAUUCGGUUAUAGUACAAGUCCGUUCAGUGGAGUAGUAGAUGAACGUUCUGAGCGCAGAUCUUUUUACCUGCGCUUUCUGUCAUUCGAAAUACCUCCCCCGUGCGCUACUCCUCCAAGAACAUAUCAGCAUUAUAGGAUAGCUUGUAUUUAGCGCGCCAGUGAUAUACAUUACUGC